AAGGAAACCACAGGUUAAUCACGUGGCCUGGCUUCCACAUUCCGUUUUGUAUACUAGUCGGAAGUUAAUGGUCUGUUUUAAUGAGAUUACAUUAAAAUGAUGGUGAGAGCGAAGCUAUAAGUGGAUCAAAACAGAAGAAAAGAAAAACUGAGCCUGGAUCAUACAGCAGAGUGAUGGACAUACAGAGCUCCCACCCCUUCAUUGUUGAAGCCAAACAGCAGGCUGCAGCAAAGACAGCAGGGAGCCCUCAUCAUGAUAAUCCUCCUCUCCCAGAGCUGCGCCUGGUCCUACUAGGCCGCAAAGGAACUGGGAAAAGUUCUUCAGGAAACACCAUUCUUGGUGUGGCUGGAGGAUUUGAGAGUGGCAAACCAACAGAGGAGUGUGUGAAAAGACGAGCUGACAUAGCAAGCCAUCGUGUUACAGUGGUAGAUACUCCAGGGUGGGAAUGGUACUAUUCUGGCAAUGGCACUCCUGCCUGGGUGACAAGAGAGACAAUGAGAAGCGUGACAGUCUGCCCGCCUGGACCACAUGCUUUGCUUCUGGUGAUACGGUCCUUUGCCUCAGUCACAGAGGACUACUACAGGCAGGUGGAAGAACACUUGGAGCUUUUGGGCAAGACAGCAUGGGCUCACACCAUGCUGCUAUUCACACGUGGGGAGGAACUAGGCUCCAUUCCCAUAGAACAGAGAAUAAAAAAUGCAGGAAAAUCCUUUCAGAAGCUUCUUGAGAGGUGUGGAAACAGGUUCCAUGUGCUUGAAAACAAACGCUGUGGCAAAGAUGGAGCUCAGGUGAAAGAACUGAUAAGGAAAAUUGAGGAGAUGGUAAAGGAAAGUGGGGGAAGACAUUACGAAUGUGACCCUUUACUCCUAGGGAUUGAGGUGGAAGGGAAAAGGAGAGCAAGAGAGAGAAGAAAGAAACAAAGAAUAAUGGAGUCUCAAGCACAAAAAGGGAUCAUAAAAGCUGUGUUGACAUCUGAUAUUUCACCAUCUGAGGACUUGGAUGAAAUGAGUCUUUUCUCCAGGGGCUCCCGUCGUCUCCCAGAAGUGCGACUCAUCCUCCUUGGAGAAAGAGAGACAGGGAAAAGUUCUGCCGGGAAUACCAUUCUCAGAGGGUCUGCAUUUUUCCAAACAGGCCAGGCCACAGAGGAAUGUUCAAGGCAGCAGGCAGAAAUUUCUGGAAGACUGGUGACAGUAGUGGAUGUUCCUGGAUGGGAGGGUGGUCCUGAAGGAAUCACGCCAGACAGAGUGAAGCGGGAGAUCUGUGCUAGUGUUACACUGUGUCCUCCUGGUCCCCAUGCCCUUCUGUUGACACUGAGGGUGGAUGCCCUAGUCAGAGCUACAGCAGUAAGAGAGCACAUGGAGUUACUCGGGGAAGGUGUAUGGAGACAUACCAUACUGCUAUUCACAAGAGGUGAUCAGCUGAGAGAGGGGGUUACUAUUGAACAACACAUCCAAGGAGGAGGGCGAGAUCUUCACUGGCUGAUGGAGAAGUGUGGCAACAGAUAUCAUGUUGUCAGCAGCACUGUCUUGGAAAGUGACAGCUCCAAAGCUCAGGUAACUGCACUGUUAGAAAAGAUUGAGAAAAUAGUUUCAGGAAAUCGAUGUGAGGCUUUCUCGCCAGUUGUACAGGAGAUUCAGGAACUUGGGAAGCAAAAGAAUGAAAGGUUCAAUGUGAAGCUAAAAGAAGUUAAUGAGAAGCUUCAGCGUCAAGAGCUGGAGCUCAAGAGAAUGAGAGAGAGGGAGGUGAAAAGCAUCAGGCGGAUUUUCGACUGGAGGAAAGACAAAGUCAAAUCACCAGAAAAAACAAGGAGAGAAAGGGAGGAGGGAGUGGAUAGAACUGAAGAUGACAGAAAGAGCAUCAUGAGUGAGCUGGAGGAGAGGAUGGCUUGGUUAACAGGGGAUAGGGAAAGAGAGAUUCAGGAGCUGAGCCUGGAAAACAGCAGAGUCAUUGCAGCUCUCAGUCAGGGGUGCAGCGAAAGGGGAGAGAUUAUAAUGAAGUUAGAGAAAAAAGAAAGAGAGUGUGAGGAAUUAAAAGAAAAAGUGGAUGAGCUACAAGUUAAUGUCCUAGAGCUUAAACGUGUCAGCAUGUUAAAAGAGCAAGAAAGAAAAAAAAUAGAAGAAGAGCUCACGAAAAGGCAUGAGGAUGCUGAAAAUGAGCUGAAAGAGCAAUUGAAUCACAAACAAAAGGAGGGAGAGGAGCUAAGAAGAAGAGCUGAAGAAAUUCAGAAGAUGAUGGCAGAAUCAAAACUGAAAUAUGAAGGAGAUAUAUUAAAUGAAAAAAAAGAGCAGGAGAUAGGACUAGCAGAGAAAAAUGAACUUGAGAAAAGGCUUGAAGAGAAACAGAAAGAGAUGGAAGAAAUUAAACUGAUAACUGAAAACAAAGUAAGGGAGCAAGAGGAAAGAUUGAGAGAAAUGAAUGAAAAGAGAGACACAGAGAAGAAUAAACUUAGUGAAAUGAUAGAGCUGAUGACAAAAGAAAUGGAAGAGUUGCAGGUUGCUUACAGACAACAGGUGAAGUCAUCUGAAGCUGCGAGACAAAUACACGAAAGUACUGUAUUAAAAUACAAUGAACUUGUAGAUAAACUUGUGGGGAAAGAUGCAGAACUUGUUGCCAUACAGCAGAGACAAAAUCAGCAGGAGAUGGCUAAAAAGGUUGAAAUUCAAAAUAAACUGAAAGAGAAAGAUGCAGAAAUAACUGAAUUGGUUAAAAAACACAUGGAGAAGGAGCAGGAGAUUGAAACACUGAAACAAACUAUUGAUGCCAAGCACAGAACCAUGGAAAAUGUGAAAAAUGAUAGUAAGGCAAAAAUGGCUGAGUACAUUUCCAGGAUAAAAGAUUUAGAGAAUGAGUACAAAGAGAUGGAAGAGUUCUUGAAAAGAGAAAAUGUGAUUCUAAAAGAGGAAAUAGAGGUAAUGAAGAAUUUGAAUGAGGAGAAUGCUAGAAAAAAAGAAGAUGACAAAAGGAAGAUCUUAGAGGUGAAGGAAAACAUUAUUAACCAUCUACGACAACAGAAUGAAGAGAGCAGAACCCACAUCGAAGACUUAAAAAAGCAGUUAAUAGAAGUCCAGAUCAAGCUGGAGAAUCUACAAAAUCAGAAUGCAACACUCAUUCAGGAGUUAGAUGGACUUCACAUAACAUGUGAGGACUAUAAAAGGGACCUUCAGGCCCAGAUAAUAAAAAAUGAGAGCAGAGAGAAAGACAUUAAAGAUAUACUCAACCAAUCUGAAGAAAUGGGAAAAAUCAAAGAUGCAUUGAACCAAGAGAACAUUAAAAAGAAGGAAAAUGAGAUUUGUUUGUUGAAACAGAGAAAUCACACACAACAAAUGGAACUGGAGGUUAUGAAUGAAAGGAGUAAAGAGCUGGAAAAGAAGACUGAAGAGAUGAAAAAAUAUUAUGAGGAGAGGCUUUCAGAAAGGAUUGCUGAAAUGGAUGUUAAGGAUGCAGAGAGGGAACGAAGACUUCACAAUAGAGAGCAAAUCUUGGGUAAAAAUAUGCAAGAGCUUGAAAGAGGUAAAAAGGACUUGAAAAAAAGAGAGGAUGACAUUAACUGCAGAGAGCAAGACAUAAGAGAUGAAAAACAGCAGCUGGAUAGAAGAGAACAUGAAUUAAGAGACAAGGAAAAUGAACUGAAACACCAGUACCAAAAUAACCAGAGUCUCCAAGAAAACCUAGAGAGAAGAGAAAAGGAGCUGACAGAAAGAGAAAAGGAACUUAAAAGCAAGCACAAUGAACAGAGAGAUUUAUCUGAAAAGCAGGAAUUGGAAAGAGAAAAUAUCAAGAAACAGCUAGAAGAGAAAGAAAAUGGAUUGAGAAGAAUGGAAGAGGAAUUUUCAGUAAAACAAAUUGAUCUUCGGGAUCAGUUAAAAGAUUUGGAAUGUCACAGAGAGAAUCUAGACAUUAGAGAUAAGGAAUUCAGCAAAAGAGAGCAACAGUUACUUGAAUCAGAGCAGUUAUGCGCAGUCAAGUUACAGGAACUGUCAGAGGGCAUGCAGGAACUGGAGCAAAACAAGCAGGAUAUUGAAAAAUGGCAAACAGAACUAACUACAAAGGAAUGUAGUCUGAUGCAAAGAUCAACCGAAUUUCAGAAAAAAGAGCAGGAGCUUUUACAGAGAGAACAUGAUCUUCAGAUCAAAACCCAGGAUCUGUUAGAAACAAAAAAGGAAAUUGAAGCACGUGAACAGGUGUUAUUGAACAAGCAAGAAAUUGAGGCAGCUACAACUGAUCAAUUGAAAAAUGAAUUAGAGACUAUCAAAGAUACAUUAGCAAUAAGGGAGCAGGAACUGAGGAAUACUGAGGAUAUGCUUGAUAAAAGAGAGCAAGAAUUUAAAGACAGAGAAAAAGACUUAGACAUGAAGGAAAAACAAAUUGCCAAGAUAUAUGAAGAAUACGAGGCUGCAGAGAAAAUACUGGAAAGUAAGAAGAAAGCACAAAGAGAAUUUUUUGAAAAGCAGGAAAAGGAGAUUGAAAACAUUAGGCAACAGCUUGAAGAGAAAGAAAAAGAACUGAUAACAAUGCAAGAUGAACUUUUGGUAAAACAAAUCAAUCUUCAAAAAGAAAAGAAAGACUUUGAGAGUCUCAGAGAGAAUCUGGACAACAAGGAAAAGGAACUUAAGAAAAUAGAGCAAGAGCUAGUGAAUUCAGAGCAGUUGUGUGAAGUCAAGGCACAGGAACUGUCGAAAGGGGUGCAAGAACUGGAGAAAAGCAAACGAGAUAAUGAAAAAUGGCAAUCUGAACUAAGUAACAAAGAAUAUGAUCUGCUACUGCGGUCAAAUGAACUUCAUAAAAAAGAACAGGAGCUUGUACAAAGAGAACAUAACCUUCAACUAAAAUGCCAAGAGCUACUUGGCAAAAAUGAGGAGGUUGAGCCAGUACAGCAACAGCUAUUGGGCAACCAACAACACCAGAUUACUGAAACAUGGGAAAGCCAAUUAGAAGAUUUCAGAAAGACCUUAGCAAAAAGGGAGCAAGAACUGAAGAAGAAAGAGGAUGAGUUUCAGAAAAGAGAGCAAAAUAUUAAGAGCGCAGAAAUAUAUUUGGACAAGAGAGAGAUAAUUGUGCAGAAAAGAGAAAGAGAGGUGCAAAUUAACAAAGAACAAAAUGACAGCAUGCUAAGUGACCUCAAGAAAAAACAAGAAAUAAUAGAAGAAAUAAAGGGUUCUUUAGAAACAAAACAGCAUGAGGUAAGUGACCUGGAGAAAGAACUUAGCAUCAGAGAGCACAACAUCACAAAUAAAGAAAAAGACCUGAGUAAUCGCUAUAAAGAACUGGAUAUUAAGGAGCACAACAUGGAAAAAUGUGAACUAGAACUAAAGUCAAAAGAUCAAGCAUUCAAGAAAACAGAGCAAGAGUUGAAUGAACUGAAGAUAACACUCGAGUCCAAGAAGAAAUAUUUAGAAAAUCAUACAGCUGAACUAGAGAACCAGAAAAGUGAGAUGAACAUUGAGAAACAAAUGUUAAAGAUGAAAUCAGAGCAACUGGAAAAGUGGGGAAAAUAUCUGUACAACAUGGAACUUAAAAUGAUCAACAGUAAUCCCAGUCCUGAUUUUCAACCAUGGAACCAAAAGACAGCAAUUAAUCUAACACAGACAAGGAACAGUGAAACAAUGUAUCAAGAGGUUGGAAUUGAUAGUAGAACCUAUGAUAGAGAAAAAGGAAAUAGCAGUGCAGCAGAAGAUGACCAGAGUGCAGAAAUGGCUUCAUCAUCUGAAACCACAAACAGAGAGCUUGAGAAUGAGGAGUUAGCAUGCCUAGUUAAAGGCAAAAGAGCAUUAGAGGUCAAGAUAGAAGAGUACAGGAAUGGAGCAAACAGGGAGGAUGUGGGCACUCUUGCUAAGGAGGAUGAUGCUGAGGAAUUCUUUGAACCAGCCGGUUCUGAUGGCCAAGUGACUCAAGGUUUAUUCUACCAACUUUCUGAACUCAAGCUGAUGCUCAUAGGAGAAGCUUGGUCAUCACGCCAGUCAGCCAUACACACCAUUCUGGGGGAAGAUCCCGAGGUUGGCAACCCAUGGAGGGGAAACAUAUCUGGCAAGCCCUUACUGGUUGUGGAGCCCCAAGGGAUAAAAUGGAGAUGUUCCAGAGAUAUAAAUAUGAGUUUUCAAAAGGAUCUCAUACACAGUGUUUCUCUGUGCACACCUGGACCUCAUGCCUUUGUCCUUCUCUUGCCUGCAUACUUAACCUUCACAGGACAGUACAGGAGAGCAGUGGAGUGCACCAUGGCCACACUGGGGGAGACUGCAUGGAGGCAUACUGUUGUUCUGUUUACAUGGGCAGAGGCUCUUGGAGAAAGUGGACAACAACACAUAAAGAGGAAUGGGGAUUUGGAAUGGCUCAUCCAAAAAUGUGGAGGUAGAUAUCAUGUGUUGGACAACAGACACAGGGAAGCUCACGUAGUAGAGCUUUUGAAGAUGAUUUAUGAGAUGGUGGCAGCAAACCAUGGACAUUAUUACCAAGCACAGUGACUGACAUUAUUGCCACUAUAAUGACAGCAGAUUAAAUCACUUUCAGGGUCACAAAACUUGUCAUUUUGAGUUUUCAUGUGUUUUCUAAUUUUUGUUAAUAAAUAAAUGAGUACUA